GGCAGCGCCAAUGUGCGGCGGCCGGGCUCUCCGGGAGAGGUGCCAGCGCUGGACGUGGCCUUUGCCUGGACACAAACAGCUCCUUCAUUAGCAGAGGGACAGGGAGCUGGGUGCUCGGGGAGCCACCUCGGGGAACGGGAGCUGCCAGCGGCCCCUCAGCCUCCUCCCCCAGCAACACACUUCGUCCUCUUCUGCUCCACUUCCCCGUGCUUCCCGGGAGGGUGACUCUUCCAGCAGGAAGGAGGCCGCCUCCUCACCAGAUGCAGGGUAGGUACCUCUCUCCUUUGGCUCUGCAUCCUGAAGAUGGCAGCACCCAAGGUUGCAGUGGUUGGUGCGGGAGUCAUUGGCCUGUCUACAGCACUGUGCAUCAUGGAGACUUGUCCCAGCUGCUCUGUCACGAUCCUUUCAGAGCAGUUCAGCCCCAACACAACGAGUGAUGUCGCAGCCGGGAUGCUCAUCCCUCACACCUACCCAGGCACACCGAUCCACGUGCAGAAGCAGUGGUUCAAAGAGACCUUCACUUACCUUUUUGCCAUCAGCAACUCAGCUGAGGCAUCGGAGGCUGGCAUUCACCUGGUCUCUGGGUGGCAGAUCUUUAAAAACACUCCCAAGGAAGAGUUGCCUUUCUGGUCGGAUGUUGUCCUGGGAUUUCGACCAAUGACCAAAGCAGAACUCCAAAAGUUUCCGCAGCAUCGAUUUGGUCAGGCCUUUACGACACUGAAAUGUGACUGUCCACCCUACCUCCUGUGGCUGGAGAAAAGGUUGAAAGCAGCUGGCGUCCAGAUGUACACCAGAAAAGUUGCAGACUUGUGGGAGCUGCAUAGUGAAUAUGACAUCGUUGUCAACUGCGCGGGCAUAGGAGCCCACCAGCUCAUAGGGGAUAAGAAGCUCUUUCCCAUCAGAGGACAAGUACUCAAGGUUCAUGCUCCUUGGGUGAAAAACUUCAUCCGGGAUGGGGAUGGCUUAACUUACGUCUACCCAGGGAUACACAGGAUAACCCUAGGUGGAACCAGGGAAAAGGAGAACUGGAGUCUCUCCCCUGACCCUGGCACUACCAAAGACAUCUUUGACAGAUGCUGCUCCCUUGAGCCCUCACUGCGGGGAGCUCAGGAUAUUCAGGUGAAGGUGGGCCUGAGGCCAUCCAGGCAGUGUGUGAGACUGCAGAGAGAAGUCUUGAGUCAAGGAGGAGUUAAGCUCCUGGUGGUCCACAACUAUGGUCAUGGGGCAGGUGGAUUUUCAGUGCACAGGGGCACAGCCAAAGAAGCUGCUUGCCUUGUGGGAGAGUGCAUUGCUGCCCUGCAAGACUCCUCAUCAAGGGCCAAGCUUUGAAUCACAGAGGCUCCCUUUCCAUUUACAACAGGCUAGCGUGGCAUCUCCUAGUAGCAGCUUUGGACUUUUAUUCCGUUACUGGAUAGAAGGAAUCUAAGACAACAGCUUGUGCUAUUGCAGAGGCUGAGUGGUAUCUCACCUGGCUAACAGCUGCUGCUUUGGAAAGGCAUGAUGGAUUGAUGCAAACAUUUGUCCAGUACUUGCUCCUCCUCCAUCUGGCAUUGUUUCUGCCCUGGGCAUUUCUCCUAGCCUCAUGUUAAAGAGAAGGCGGGAUAUUUAAAUAUUCUUCACAUAAUGGGGGUCACAUUGCUGCAGCAUUUAGCAUUUCUUCAUGUGCAGCUAGAGGAUACCAGAUGCACUAGCUUUACAUUCAGUAAAAACUAGUUGUUUCCUCUUGUGCCAAAUCUAAUCUAGUACUGCCUUUGCUCCUGCCAUCUUAGUAACAAAAUUCACAAUUUUCCAUAUGAUUUACAAGGAAAAGAAGACCCCUGCAGUGCUGCAUUCCAGUGCUCGAGGUCAGCUCUUACAGAAAGCAAUUUUAGUGCACAGUGUCCAGGCAAGUGUGAUUUCAAGAGCAGGUAUGUGACAUUGAUCACUGCAUUUGCUCAUAUUACACCUCAGGGAGCUUAACGCAAAGGUUUUGAGAGAAGAAGUUGCCCCAUAUGAGCUACGGGUUUGUGCAUCUUUUCUCACAUGUGUUUGCAAAUCACUUUUUUUUUCUCUUCAAGCCCCUGAGAUUUUGCUGUCAGACACAGAUGAUUUUUUCCUCCCAAGAGCAACAUUGACAUGGCCUGUGUUCUACAGAGAGGAUUUAUCAGGGUGGUCUUGGGAGUGCAAGCAUCUCUAUUCUACUUUGCAUCAGCACUGGCUGCUUUCCUUGCAACAGCUGGUAUGAAUGAAUCCCAGACAAACCAACAAGGAUUUUUACACCAGCUUCAGAGGCCACCAGAACCCAGACGCUCACUCCAUGGCAGAGGCUGAGUGGGCCUCUCAGCAAUCCCCCAAGCCUUUGAUGUCACUCCUAAAAUCAGAGCUUACUGUCGAAGUAUAAGUCUGACUGUUAGUGAUUAAACCACUCAUUAGCUCUUAAAUGGCUUACUCAAAAGGAUUAGCAUCCACUUUUAUCUAGUUGGGUUGGGUUUUUUUGACGUUAUAGUUACAAACCAAAUCAAAAUCUUUCAAGACUUCACAUUAUUAAAAUGAACUGAUAAAUAAAGUUCUAAGAAUAGAGCAAA